GUCGGCCCCGGAGGCGGAUCUGGUCCGUACAGAUUCCUGAUCAUGGCCUCAUCCUCGGUUCCAAGGUUCACUUCAAACUCCUUGGAAAAUGCCUCAAUCCGAAGGUCUCCAAGAGAUGGUUUAAACCAAGAGCCCAGUGAUGAAAUCCCCCUUCUCCCUGGAGAAACACUUGUGACAGAUAAAGAUGUCAUUUACAUGUGUCCAUUUAAUGGGCCAGUAAAAGGGAGGCUAUUUGUCACAAACUAUAAACUGUACUUCAAAGGUGAGGAGCCGGAGCCAUUGAUAGUAUUGGAAGUACCUCUUGGUGUCAUAGCAAGAAUUGAAAAGAUGGGUGGUGCCUCAAGCAGAGGAGAAAAUGCCUAUGGCCUAGAUAUAACUUGCAAA